AUCCUGGGCAUGUUUGUUUUUGAAUCUGUUAAAUCAUCAUUGUCGCUGCUUGAAAUUUACAGAGUGGUUUUCUGAUGAAUGGAACAAAGCAAGCCUGUAAAUGCAAUGAUGAACUGAAGCUGUGAAAUGAAGGAAAAUGUAGGUUGGGGUGUGAGGUGUUUUGAGUGAAAAGUAAGAGGUGAGUCCAAGAAGAGAAGCUAAAGAAUAGGGGGAGUUGUAAGGAAGGCCUGAGAUCUCUCAAGCAAAAGACUUUGUCAACCCCCACACAACUCCUCACCUUCUCAAUUUGUGUUUUGUGAACCUCUAUUCCCUAUUUCCUCUCUCUCUGUCAUUUUUUUCUUUGCUUCUAUGCCAUCAAAAUUUCACCACCCUUUCAGACAGCUUUAUCCUCCUCCUCCUCCCAAACAUCAACACCAACACAUUGUAGCCUCUCGUCCUGAGGGCGCGCACGCCGCCCCAACAGCGUGCCUAAACACCACAACCACCAUGGCUCUGAUCAACCCAACAACCUUGUUUCUUCUUAUCUUCCUUGUCUUGUCGAUCCAUUUUGACCCUUGUUAUGGCUUAUCAGACACAGAGAUCCUCCUCAAAUUCAAGUCCUCUUUGUCUGCUAACAACAAUGCCUUAUCAACUUGGACAAACCAGACCCCUCCAUGUGAUGGAAACAAGGCUAAAUGGGUUGGUAUCUUGUGUUACAAAGGUGGCAUUGGGGGGAUCAAGCUUGAGAGAUUGGGAUUGGGUGGAACUAUAGAUUUGGAGACUCUCAAGCAAUUACCAAACUUGAGAACGUUGAGUUUUAUGCACAAUCAAUUUGAAGGUCCCUCACUAGAGCUGAAUAAACUUGGCGCACUAAAGGCAGUUUAUUUAUCUGAUAAUAAAUUUUCAGGGGAGAUUCCUGGGAAUGCAUUUGAGGGCAUGCCUUGGUUAAAGAAACUUCAUUUAGCGAAUAAUGCGUUUACGGGUGCCAUUCCUGCAUCUUUGGCUGCCUUGCCUAAGCUAUUGGAUUUGAGGCUUCAAGGGAACCAAUUCAAUGGAAAGUUACCAGAAUUUCAGCAGAAGCAAUGGCAAUCAUUCAAUGUGUCAAACAAUCAACUUGAAGGGCCAAUUCCUGCUGCUCUUAGCAAGAUGGGUAUAACUUCAUUUUCUGGCAAUCAAGGUCUGUGUGGAGGGCCAUUGAGUGCAUGUAGUCCGGCCACAUCUAACCCUGGCCCGAGCUCGAGUUCAUCCCCUGCCGAUUCUGGUUCUGGCACCGAGUCCGACAACAAGAAGCCUUCUGGCAUUGUCACAAUUGUGAUAUUGACAAUUGUUGUUGCGGUUGCACUAGCUGCCAUCAUUGCAGCCAUAGUCAUCCUUCGCCGAAGAAACCGAGCCUCCCAAUCAAUAGAGACAACACCAACAUCAAACCUUCAGAAGAAAUCAGGUAUUAGGGACUCAGACCAAGCCUCACAAGGCUCUCCAGAGCACUCGCUUGGAGGCAGCAAGAAGGGCGAUGGAGCGAAAUUGUCUUUUGUGAGGGAUGACAGAGAGAGGUUUGAUUUGCAAGACUUGUUAAAGGCCUCAGCUGAGAUACUUGGUAGUGGUUGCUUUGGUUCCUCUUACAGAGCAGGUCUCUUGACUGGACCAGUCAUGGUGGUUAAGCGGUUUAAGCAAAUGAACAAUGUUGGAAGAGAAGAGUUUCAAGAGCACAUGAGGAGGCUAGGCCGGUUACAACACCCUAACUUGCUUCCUCUUGUGGCUUAUUAUUAUAGAAAGGAAGAGAAGCUCUUGGUUUCUGACCAUGUUGAGCAUGGCAGCUUGGCUGUUAGUCUUCAUGGCCACCAAGCGCUAGGUUGGCCAAGCCUUGAUUGGCCAUCAAGACUAAAGAUUGUCAAAGGAGUAGCCAGGGGCCUUGCAUACCUCUACAAAGAGCUUCCUAGUGUGAUUGCGGCACACGGCCACCUUAAAUCGUCAAACGUUCUGCUAAACAACUCCUUGGAGCCUCAGCUCACCGACUACGGACUAAUCCCAGUGAUCAACCAAGAGAGUGCUCAAGCGCUAAUGGUGGCAUACAAAUCCCCUGAGUACUCUCAAUAUGGGCGCGUUACAAAGAAGACCGAUGUAUGGAGUCUGGGGAUGUUGAUACUAGAAAUCUUAACAGGAAAACUCCCUUCAAACUUCUUACAACAAGGCAAAGGAAGUGAUCAAGAGGAUUUGGCAACUUGGGUGACCUCAGUUGUUGGAGAUCAAGAGCCUACAAGUGAAGUGUUUGAUAGAGAUCUAUUAGCUUCAAAGGCAAGCGAAGGAGAAAUGAUCAAACUAUUGAAGAUAGCAUUGGCAUGCUGUGAAGGGGAUGUGGAGAAGAGACUGAACAUGAAGGAGGCUAUGGAGAGGAUUGAGGAGAUAAAAGAGAGAGACGGUGACGACGAUUUCUUCUCCUCAUGUGCUAGUGACCAUGGGGAGAUAAAGUCUUCAAGAAGAUUUUCUGAUGAUUUCAAUUUCUCUUGAUUCAUGAUUUAAUACAAAUUCAUUAAGCAUUAGAUCAAAUCAGCUUUAUUCUUCUACAGGGCCAGGGGGACCUUGAAGGGUAUGAAGGAGGAUUUUCAGGGAAUGUUACUUGUUUAGAGUGAAAGUUAGCAGUUGAGAUGAAUUAAAACAGUGUAUGGGACUUCUCUUGUAUAAUUGUCUCUCCCUCCAUCUCUCACUAUCUUUCACUCUGGACAUAAUGAUAUGAGUUAUAUUAUUAUAUCUUGCAUAUAGAACCAUUUGA